AUGCGGAUACCUAUCAGAGAGCAGCUGGGGCUGCUGGUGCUGUUCUGCUGUCUCUUCGCAUUGAUGGUUCUGGCCGCUGCAACCUGGACACAGAAUCAUGGAUUCAUCAUCAGCAUUCGCCAGUCAGCAUUGUCGCUCACCGCCUCGGUCAAAUCUGCCCAGGUCUCCGCGAGUCUGCUCCUCUUUCAAACUUCGGUGCAGGCUAUUGCGACCCGGAUCAUGAUCCAGAGUGCUUUGCAACGCUACAACAACGGAAAUGACACCACAGCCAACUGGGCGCGAACCUAUGUCGACCUCCAAGGUGCAAUGUCCGGGACAAACAAUAUCCUCCUACAAGCCAUCAUCUUCCCAAAGAAUGAUUCAGGCACUGGAAACAUUCAUGGGCUGGUCAAUGUAACGGGCGAAAUCCCAGGCGGUCGAGUUCAGCUACCAGCAGUCAAUGCCAAUGGGAGUCAGGUCUAUCUGGGCGAUACUGGUCUUGGUUAUCCACCAAAGCUUUAUCCAAACUUCACAUAUACCUCUACACCAGUCAAUGGGACAUUUAACCAGUCGCGUGCAUUCUACGACGGCAACGAGGUGCUUCCGGACGCCACACUUAUUCUCGGUCCCUACGCAGUCAACCAGACCUUCCAGCUUCUUUCCAUGACCGUCGCUGUCAAAAACAAUACCUCUCAUGAGGAUGUUCUAGGCUGGUUGACAGUUUUACUCAACCCUUCGUCGAUUUACGAUGUCAUCACUUCCCCGGAAGGCCUGCAAGAAACAGGACAAUUGCUCUUGGUGGGGCCUGCGGCACGAACGAACGUGUUCAGCCAAAGUGUCCAGGGGUCAGAUGCUGCAUUUGCUGGGGAUCAGGAGGUACGGUACGUCUUUGCGCCUCAGAGCAAUUCAAGUCUGGGGAAUCGACACCGUGCAAGAGCUUUUGGGCAAGGAGAUCCUUCUCUUCCGUUUCCGAUGCGCGACUUCCCCGCCGUGGUUGAUGCGUGGACGAGGAACAAUUCCGCCAUCAACAAUGCCGGGGCGAUGAUAUCCUCUCGGAACGAAGAGGGGAACAGGAUCUCGGUAGGAUACGCAACUUUGUCUAACCCGCUUGUGGAUUGGAUACUCUUGUUUGAGCAAUCAUAUGAUGAAGUCGUGGCGCCAGUUAACCAUCUUCGAGAUGUAGUAUUGGCCUGCGUCUUUGGUACGACCGGCCUGAUCAUGCUCCUCCUCUUCCCCAUUGCACAUUUUGCUGUUCGACCGAUACGACAACUACGGGAAGCUACUGCAAAGACUGUCCACCCCAUCCUACCUGGCAAUUCAAGCCAUCAAUCUCUCGACUCGCAAGGCCACGGCGAAGCCUACCACGGAGACGAAGAGACUGCUGUCGCGUCUGAGGUGGCCCGGAAGGAAGGUUUCCUUGGCGCUCUAUCGCGGUGGAAGCAUUGUGGUCGAAGUCCUGCCAGAUCGGGAACUGAUCAGCGUGGCCGACAGCGCUCAUUCAAGAUCCCAGGCAAGGUGCCCCAACGGAAGGUUUGGGUCAAGGAUGAGCUCUCGGACCUUACAUCCACCUUCAACGAGAUGUCGGACGAGCUUGUCCUGCAAUAUGCUCGACUGGAAGAGAGAGUCAAGGAACGCACGGCCGAGCUGGAAGAAAGUAAAAAGGCAGCCGAGGCUGCCAAUGCAAGCAAGACGCUUUUUAUCGCCAACAUAUCACAUGAGCUGAAGACGCCUCUGAACGGCAUUCUCGGCAUGUGCACCGUGUGCAUGCAAGAGGAGGACGUCCGAAAGAUCCGACAGUCGCUUGGCAUCAUCUACAAGUCUGGCGAUCUGCUGCUACAUCUUCUGACGGAUCUGUUGACGUUCAGCAAGAAUUCGAUUGGUCAGCAGCUCACCAUCGAUGAGAGUGAGUUCCGGUUAGUAGACAUCAGCACGCAGGUGACAUCAAUCUUUGAAAAACAGGCGCGGGAAGGAGAGAUCGAUCUUCAACUUGAGUUCCUGGGCACCUCGGAUGCGUUUGGCAAUUCUGGGGAGGAUUCAGGCCCGAAGCUGUAUGGUCCAGCUGGGACUGGGCGGGUGCGAGAUAUGUGUCUCUGGGGCGACAGGAACCGCAUUCUUCAGGUGCUCAUCAACCUGGUCAGCAACAGCCUCAAGUUCACCCCCCCUGGCGGCUCGGUUCAUGUCAAGAUCCAAUGUACCGGGCUGGCGGAUGUUGACGUGGUCGGUGGGUCAGGUAGCCAUCGAAAAGCUUCGGUGCACUCCAAGCAGUCCCGGCAAUCGCGGACUUCAUGGAGGAAGAAGGCGCGAGGUUCUGACACCUCGGUGCGGACGUCCUCGGCCAGCCCCGACCAGGAGAGCGAGCGGAAGAGGAAAGAGAGCAAGAAAAGCAAGGAGAUCAACGUCUAUGUGGCAGGCGCAGCAAAGCAGCUGCCGCAAAUUGCAGUCAGACGGCGAUCGCUGUCACCACCGCGGCUGAACACUAAGCAGCUUGUUUUUGAGUUUUCUGUGACCGACACCGGACCUGGCAUUCCCGAGGAGCAGAUGUCCCGGAUCUUUGAACCUUUUGUGCAGGGUGAUCUGGGCCUCACCAAGAAGUAUGCUGGAACCGGUCUGGGGCUCAGCAUCUGUGCUCAGCUGGCCAAUUUGAUGGGAGGGAGCAUCACGCUGCAGAGUACUGUCGGUGUUGGCAGCACAUUCAGCGUACAGAUUCCUCUCCACUACAUGAAAGAGCGAGCUGCAUCCACCUCGUCGUCACAGAUGCGCAUCGGUUCACGACCCGGGAGCACCGCUGGACCAGCCUUGCAUGACGAAGCGGUGCCCAACAACAUUAUUGUCACCGACGUCAGUAGCGACGAGCUAGGACCCGAAAGCCCCCCUCUCCAGGAUGUGCCUCGUAUCGUGGGCUUUUCACAGCCUUACUUUCCGACCGAGGUACCGCAGACCCCCUCACCUCAAAAUAAGCUGAGUGAGAUGAAGAAGGCCGAGUACGAGGCAGCGAAGACGGGAGAAAAGGUGCGAGUGCUCGUGGCCGAAGACAACAAAGUCAAUCAGGAGGUGGUGACGCGAAUGUUGAAGCUCGAGAGUGUCUAUGACGUUACGAUUGCGAAGGACGGGCAAGAAGCAUUGGAUGUGGUCCGCGAGUCCAUGAACUCGGGCCCGCGCUUUGACCUCGUCUUCAUGGACGUGCAAAUGCCCAACCUCGAUGGCAUCCAGUCCACCAAGCGUAUUCGGGAGAUGGGCUUCUCGGCACCCAUCGUUGCGCUGACCGCCUUUGCGGAGGAGUCGAACAUCAAGGACUGCUACGACUCUGGGAUGGAUUUUUUCCUACCCAAACCCAUUAGGAGGCCAGAGCUGAAGAAGGUGCUCAACAAAUACUGUCCGACGAUCCAUGAAGAGGAGGGUGAACACGCCGCUUCAGCUGUUCCGAAAGUGCACGGCACCAAAACCGUGACGAGCACAGGAAGCAUGAGUUUACGGAAAGUGGAAGCUCACGACCUGCCUAGCAAACCUUUGACGGGAAAAGAGACCAUCUCGGACAGCGAAAGAGAUGGAGUCUCACCAUCAUCAUGA